AUGGAUGGCGCGUACGGCGACGAGGAUGCUCCAAUUAGAGGAACUUUGUAAGUUUGUUUGCAUCGCUCCAUGACCUCACUUUUCGAUUCGAGUCCCGUUGGAGAAGGACUCGAGUAGCCUGCACAAUCAACAUUCAAAGCCCCUCGCUCAGAUCGGCGUAGACCAAUCAAUUGCUGACAUCUUCAGGGAGUAUGUCAUCAACCAUGUCUUUCUACCCCCACAGCUUCCGCAAACAAACGACACCGACCCCCAGAACGAAGCUGGCUUGACAAAGCUAUUUCACGAUACAUUAACGGAGUUCAUAGAUCUUCUCCCAGGAGAAGAUCAAAAUGACUGGAUCCCAAGCUCUGAAAUGCUAAAGGUGUUAAUUGAAGAGGAUGGCUCCGAAAGCCCACUCAGAAAUCUUGUUCAGCAGCUUGAUGAUAUGGACGAGAGAGGUGUGUGGCUUCUUUCCCAAACCAUUUUAAGUUGUUCUUUCCCAUUAAGACUGAUGAUACCCUAGAUUCCUUGGCUCUUCAUUCCACCCAACAUAAUGCAGGGCUUGUGGUCCGAAAGGGAUCAGAAAACUUCACAAUCGAAACCUUCGAGCUUUCGCCAACUAGUAAAUCUGUGACGCUCGCCCUCGGCAGACUCGUUCGCAGAUUUCCGGGACCUGUUAUCGCAGUUUCCCAUGCGCGGAUGCAGGAUCUUAACUUUCGACAAGCCCUCACAAAUUGUUCAUGAUAUAUUUACUGGCCACUGUCCUCCAACAAGCAGUGGUGAAUGAAGACAAAAGUGAUCGUAUUCAGGUGAUGUUAGCCAAGAUACAUCGGCGAUUUCAGAAAUUGGACCUCAUCAUCUGCGAUGAGGUACCCUGGGCUGAAGCAUCGUAUGAGUUCGUUACGGAAACUAUGGAAUCUGCGCGAAGCCUACUGGCAAGACGAUGGAGUACCGUUAAAAGAACAUCCGAGUCAGCAGGUACGUUCAAGCCAUCUGAGCUAAGAAGACUCAAGCCGCAAUUACAUACAAAACUUGAUAUUCCUUCGUUGCGACCGUAUUUGCAACGCCUUCACAGCAUUGCAAUUCAACCACGGGAUGGGAAAGCCUUUGACGGCAAGUGCAAUAAGCGUAGCAAUAGAGAAUCACUUUCUUUACCAGAUCUAGGGACACUUGUUCUUGCAUCGGAUGAAGAAAUACGACUUUGCUUGAUGGACCUCGAGCUCUGGGUUUCUAAGUCCCUUGGCUCAUGGCUGGACCGCCACAGGAACUCAGAGUCGGAGUUGGUGAAAUUGACCAACAUCAACUGGUAUAAGAUCAAGUCUGCUGCCGCAUAUUUGGGAUCCCCAGAAAAUAUUUCACUCAUGAUCUUAACCCUGUUUUUGCUAUGGACUGCACUCGAUCAAGCUGCUGUCUUCCACUACACCCUCCUGAAAAAGUUUGACCAUGGCUUCCCGGAUGGUUUGUUGGACUCACUCCUUUUACCUAAACGUCACCAGAUGGCCCAGCUGCGUGAUGCCGAAAAGAAUCUUAAUCAACGAAAGCUCAACUGCUUGCCCGCCAACCCUUCAAUAUUUAGCGAUAUCACGUCCCCGAAAAGUUUUGGGGCUCAAUAUUUUGACCAGUCUCUUAUGCACCAAGAGCUGAAAAGACGUAUCGAAUUGGAAGCUAAUAAGAAAGCCGAAGAGACGAAGGCUGAAUUGAGAAGACAGAAAGAGAAAUUCAAGCGCCUAAUGGCCGAGUCAAAUGCAUUGACAUGUGAGUACAAAAAACAGUGGUAUGGAAGAGGUAGAUUCCGAGAAGAGCGGACCGUUCACGAUGCAAGAUGCACCAAAUGUAAUUUGAGAGACGAAGCCCAAUCUCUUAAGGUUUAUAUCCACGAGUGGCCUCUGCCCUCAUCAGAGCCUGCCGCCAAAGCCGUGGUAUACGACUUAGAAGUUCCAGAACUGCUUCGCUGCUGGAGAUCAAUGACAUAUCAAAUACUUGCAGACGUGCUAAGUCCUACUGUACCUCCUGAGAACAGAGGAAAGGGCAUCGUUUUUGCCGAAUACGAGGACCUUGCAGAUUACUUUAAAUCAAUACGUGACAGACAUCAGUUCUGUUCAAUAAAGACGCCAUUUUCCAAAACCCAGCCAUAUCAGACCGUUGGAGAAGCAACGGAGGACUCUAUCUGCCGCCCCAACAACUUGAUCUUUGUCAUGCAGGACUCGAAAUCCAAAACGGCUACAACUGAACAACUCAAGAAGUUUGAUAUCCACGAAAGAUGUACUUUGAAGCUUCCACCAGGCUGUUAUGAAACACUUCAGUACGCCCUGGCUGGAACCAAUCAUACCCACAAUGAAGUCAUUGCGAAACAAGCGUUGUGUCCUCAGAGUUUAACUGUGCAUGAACUCCACGCCUUCACAGCAUUACGCCGUGGUUACAGAAUACAGGUAAUAUCGCUAAAUCCUUUUGUGAAAUGCAUAUACUGAAUAAGUGAGCUAGUAGAUUAAUAUUGCACGGGAACUUGCUGCAAGAACUCUGAUUUUCGGGGCAGAAGAGGUUCAUCUACUUGUGCUCCAAUCCUCCUUGCAAGCCGGGCCUUCUGGUAUGUCCACAUCUCUCUUCCCGUUACUCUUGCAUGCUAAUCUCUCUAUAGCUGGCGAGCAAGUCUCUCGACAGUCUCAUGUCGAAAUUGAAGAGGAAAGUUUCGGGAAAGACCUUCUUGAUACUUUGGAAUCAGGCUUGAAGUCAGUAGAAAGGAAUUGGCAAUUUGGUAAGGUUCUGUAGCCACCUUGACAUUCACUUCAUUAACAGUAAGCGUCCUUGUCCUAUAUUAUGGCUUAGCUGAUUCUCGCCAAGAUGCGACUCCUAACGAUCUCUCUCCACGACUCUAUCCGACGUCAGUGUCUGAAUUUACUCCAAAGACCGAGAGAUAUCACAAUAGAUUGGCUGCGAAGUGUUGACAAGCUCCUUCAUGAGUGUUCUGACGAAGAGGAAAUUGCUUACCUCACGCUUUGCGCUUUUGACUUAUCAUUAAUAUGUCAUUGCACCUUCGAUGUUGAUGCUCGCAUAAUGUCUUCUGUUCUCUCCACUGAACGAAAUGUGGCGAUCUUGGUGGAAACCAUCACUAUUGCAAAAGGCCAUUGGCCGGUGUCGAUGAAUGGGUUAACACCGCUGACCCGCACGCUUAUUUUUCGUUUUUACAGAACAUCUCACACGGUGGAACACGUCUUGAAGAGUCAUAUUCUGAACUCUCCAGGAGGCAUCAAUCAAGCGAUAAAACAACAUUGGGAGGGGUAUUCACCUGGGACGCCUUGGUCAUGCUUAGAUAAACCAGAGGAUCGAUGGCUGAAGACUGACACAGCGGGAUCAGAUAACAGUCCUCCUAUGACUGUCCAUUUCAAUACCUUGACUGGCGAGUUGCUGGUCAAUGGAGCCCCGUUGAGUCGAAUUCCCAGAGAAUAUGAGGCGCACCAAACUUAUCAAAGAUUGUUUGGGAACAAGAUUCUGGAAGUUUUUCCGUCUGGCAAGGGUUUGCAUUUCGAGACCAAGAACACCGUGUAUGGCUUUGAGGUACGAGUUUCGAUUCAUUAUACUGCGUUUUACUUUCAAAUUUCUGAAUUUCUGACCACAUAUCACGUUAUACUCGGCGCUGCGUUUUAAUGAACACCCGUUGAAAUUCUUGCCGGACCAAAGCUCACAAAAUUUACAGGUUCACUUCGCUCUAUUUGAAGAUGAAUUGAUUGUUAGAGCAGCCCAUGGCCAUGAGUUAUACGAGGUAAUCCCUCUCACCACUCUAGAGAACGACUUUCCACGCGCUUUUGUCAAAGAUUAUGUACAUUGGGUACAUCGUGGGACUGAUUCCAUUGAGUGGAGGCCGAUCGACACGAAAUGGACCCCUUCGUCUAAAAAUUGGCGAAUCUUAACACCUGAAGACCCACGGGAAAGCCGAUUAAUAUCAGGAGCUCAACAACUAAUAGAUAUCAAAAGUCCCACAGCCAACGCGGUAUACAAUUGGCUUCUUCCAAUCGAGAAACAAGGUAACAUCGUCAUCACCUACAACACUGAAACCAAAGAAACCGAAAUUCGUCUUCCAAGAUUGAAUUUAGACUUCGUUCUACGAAACAAGGGACUUGAAUCCAAGCAAUUUCGAGGAAUGAUUGUGGACACGAGCCAACACAAGGGAACUUUACAUGGUCUACAAAAUAAAUUGGUCUUGAAGGGUAUUCAAGAAAAUUCGAGAAUUGUCAUCAUUCCGCAAGGCAAUAUCUCAUAUUCUCGAACUGGGCACCACCUCAAAAUUCUUAUCGACACAGGAGAAAAUGAAAAAGUCUCUUACCACCAGUAUUUGAUCGAUAAAGACCUUGGUCAGCUAACCGACAGUGGAAACCUCAGCAGCCGCUUGUUUAAGUUAUACCUGCAUGCUCUGACUUCACACUGUCUCCCCGAUACUCUCACUUCGAGAACGGGGACUGAAGAGGCACUACAUGGGUUGAGGCUCGCAAGCACCCGUUCCUUCAUCGCCUUAAACCAGGAGCAGAUUGAGCGAUUGAAGCUCCUUGCAAGGCUUACGCCUAUGCGUGACUAUGCCCCAAAAGGACAUAAAUUUAUGCAAACAGUAACCUGGGACAAGGAUCUAUCCCAGUUAUCUCAGCAUGAAGAGUUUGUUGUGGAGUCUCAUCGUAUCGUCGCUCAAGCUCAGUCUUUCCGAAAAUUUACUUCUACCCCAUCAGACGAAAAAUACAGUGUCGAAGGAAGAGGAGCAAGUGAGCUCCGAGCUCGAGCUGGGAUGCGCAAUGCAUUGUUUCGCGUACAUCCCUUUGGAGCUGAGAAGUUCAACGCAAACAGCGACGUGGCCUAUUCCGACGCCAGAGACUCGAUCAUCAACAGCGCUCGUGAGCAUGAUGCGUACAACAUCUCCGUCAUGGUUGAUGGAUGGAGUUGUAAUCUUGAACCGUACAACGAUCUUUUGGAGGAGAUUCGACGCUGGGACAGUACGGUAUGUGGGCCACAAAACCAAUUCGAGUUCAACAUCGACUUCAAACACUUGUUACUGAGACAGAUGAACCGCUGGUAGAUACGGAAUCUCAAAAGCUAAAGUCGCUACUAGCGAAGCUUUCGAAAUCGGCAAAGGGUUCCUAUCAACAGAUGUACCUCCGUGAUUUACGUAAAAGUCGCCAUGCCCUUCUUGAAAAUGUCCCUCCAAGAUAGCAAAUAACAGGAAAUAACCAAGCUUUUCUUAAGACUCAUCUGAUUCGAUGCAGAAACGAGGCGGAUGAAAUGUACAAGAAGAUAUAUGCAAGGCUUGUUGUUUCUGGUAGGUCGAGCCUUGUCCCUCAAUACCGGAGUUCCCAAGUACAGACCUGUUCUAUGGACGAAUUUCUGACAGACUCUAGGUAUACCUCUUUACGAAAGUGCUCUUAGAGCUUCAAUACUCCCACGCUUGUCGCCAAGCAUUCUCAUAGGUCUACUUGCUCGAUUCAAUGCCGUGCAAUUGACCCCGGCGUGGAAAACGGCCAUAGUUUAUUACGCCAUGGCUCUUGCGAAUAUACAGAAGGCGGAGCGACUUGUAGCAUGUGGAAAGAGAGACGUGGAUAUCCUGAACGAGCUAACGAAUGUCGGCCACGCGAACUGGGAUCCGAUGGAAUUUCCUGAAUGGCUCCUGUUGGAGUUAGAGAGUAAUAUUCUCAUCCGACCAGAACAAGCUCAGAUUGCUCGCGAGAUGAUCGCGCCUCGGUCUGGAACAAACGCAAUCAUGCAACUCAAUAUGGGCUUAGGGAAGUCGUCGGUAAUUGUUCCACUCGUUUCAGCAACUCUGGCGGAUGGUUCAAAGCUCGCCAGAGUUAUUGCUCUAAAGUCGCUCACCGAGCAAAUGUUUCAGCUCUUGGUCAAGAAAUUAGGUGGACUAAUCGGCCGACGCGUUUAUCGACUACCAAUAUCUAGAUCAUUGAGGCCAUCUUUGUCUUCCGCGGUGUUGAUACAAAAGACCUAUGAAGCAUGCAUGACCUCUGGAGGAAUCCUUCUCGUGGAGCCUGAAACACUUUUGUCUUUUGAACUUUUGGGUCUCGACUAUUUGUUAUCUCGGGAAAUGAAUCCGCCUGAGCCUGAAGCGAAUUUGAUACCAGUCAAAGAAGACAAUAACGAAGACAUUCAGGGAUCGAUGUACGAUACAGGCCGCCAACUGGUACAUACCCAAAGUUGGCUUUACACGAAUGCCAGAGAUGUACUUAAUGAAUCUGACGAAAUAUUAAGUGUCAAAUUCGAGCUCAUCCACACACUCGGUAUUCAACAAAAUAUUUCCUUUAGCCCAGAUCGAUGGGUCGCUAUCCAACACGUCCUGGGUGUAGUCUCUGAGCUUGCUAGAGAGGUAUCCAUCGACUUCCCCCAAGGCAUUAAAGCUAUUGAAGGAAAGGCUGGUGCAUUCCCCCGCGUUCGAAUAUUGGAGGAAACAGGUGGCAAAUCUCUUCUCAAUAAGGUUGCACGCUCUAUAUGCAGAGACGGAAUGUCUUCUUUAGCAAUUUGGACCUAUAGCCAGGAAGAAAGAGAGGUUAUAUUCGAGUAUAUCACAAACCUUCAAAUCACAAAGGAGCGAGCAGCAAUACUCGAGACCAAGGUGUUCCAAACCAACUUUACCAAGAUGACUCUGCUUUUGCUUCGGGGGAUGUUCGGGGUAGGUGUGUUGGAAUUUGUCUUCGCCAAAAAGAGAUGGCGCGUCAAUUAUGGUUUAUCACUUUCACGGUCAAUGCUUGCGGUGCCAUACCACGCCAAGGACAAUGUGGGUAGAAGUUUCCCUUGCGAAAUUGUGUUGAAGGCUACAAUGGCGCACUUGCUAAUCAUUUAAAUACUUAGCCAAGCGCCCGAUCAGAAUUUUCCCAUCCCGAUACUGCCACAUGUCUAACGUGUCUUUCAUAUUACUAUGAGGGACUUACGGAUGCACAAAUUCGCGCGAGUUUUGAAGAAUUAUUCCUUUCUGAUUAUGCAGAGGAAGAUUACUCGCGCUGGAUCCAAAGAUGCGAGGUUAUGCCAAAUGAAUUCAAGCAGUUAGCUGGAAUAAAUCUUCGAGAUAAGCAGCAAUGCUCCCAAGAACUCUUUCUUUGGCUUCGCUACUCAAAGGGACUCAUCGACUACUAUUUGGAACAUCUUGUGUUCCCGAAAGAGAUGAAAGAAUUUGGCAACAAACUCUCCUCAUCUGGUUGGGUAAAACGCCCCCAGUCGUUAAAAUUGGCUCCGCUAACGUACAAUUGAUAGGAAAUUGCUCGACAAAAGACUCACCCUACCACAGGUUUUAGUGGCACCAAUGACAGCAAAUACAUGUUACCGACUCCUAUAAAGCAAUGUGAACUCCCAGAGCAACUGUCCACUAACGCGGAUGUCUUGACGUGCAUGCUCCGACCAGAAAACAAGUACGACACCACGCAUUUGGAAUCUCUGGAUGUCUCUUCCCUUCUCGAUGUUGCAGUCACGAUGGAUCCCUCUAUUCGCGUCGUGCUUAACGUAGAGGCUCAGCUCCUGGAAGAUAAUGAAAAGAUUGCAUCGCUCUGGUUAGAAAAGGUUGAUCUCAAUGAUGCUGAUGCGGUGAUAUUCUUUCAUGAGAAUGAUUUGUUUGUGGUCAACCGCGAAGGACACAAAGAGUCAUUGCUAGUCUCUCCAUUUUUGAAACAAAUGAAAAGAUGCCUUGUGUACCUCGACGAGGCCCACACGCGAGGUACUGACUUGAAGAUGCCUCCUGACUAUCGUGAAAUUUGUACUCUGGGCCCCGAUCUCACUAAAGAUAGACUUGCGCAAGGUACGUACACUUUUGACUAUUUAUUCUUCUCCGAAGCCCCCUCCCCCCUUGAUUCAGCGACACAUCAAUGAUGAUUUUGAUUUGUGGAGACCUCUGAGAAAAUUCCGCAACUAGCGAAUCUCAUGUUUUUGCAUUUGUUUUUUCAACAUCUAAACUUUUGCAUUGAAUCAUCUUUUCAAUUGUCUUACACCAUAGAACUAACCUCUGGCUUUUUUUAGCAUGCAAGCGCCUACGAAAACUCGGAAAAGGACAAUCUGUGGUUUUCGUAGCACGCCAGAAGUGCAGACCAAGAUCCUUCACUGUUGUGGUAAGAAUAAUGCAGAAUUGAUUGGAGUUGAGGAUGUGCUACUUUGGACCAUACAAAAUUCCUGGGAAUUCACUAAAAGGGGCGUGCCACUUUGGGCGACCCAAGGCAUGAGACAUUAUCGACGUGCAGUUGCUUGCGACCUAUCCGGAGACGAACCACAAAUACCAAUGGGGAUUUUAGAAAAAGAGGCCAUGACGCUUGACGAGCGAUAAGGCCUUGACAGAAAGUCGUUGGAGGAAGGAGUGGUUUGCCGGGGUCGGUUUGCAAGCGUGGAGAACCUGGCACGCGCUGAACUUGCAUCCGUUCGAGCCAAGUGUCGAGAAUUCGAACUUGGUGACUUCGGUGAUUCUGAUCUCCACGAAGAGCAGGAGCGUGAGCUGCACCCAGAGAAUGAACGAGAGCAACAAGUUGAAGCACCUCCUCCCGCGCGGCCCUAUGUCCACAAAUUGCACGACAACAUCCGACGACUCGUCAACAGCGGCCGGCUGUUGUCUGAUGAUGGUAUUUUACCAGCCUUCAAAGUAUUUGACCUUACUCGUACUCGAGAGUUGCUGGACGUCGACAAUUGGCCCAGAAAUCUUUUAAUAUCUCAAGGUUUCUACCACACAGUCCAAAUUCCCAACGAGGGUAAUAAAGACUCAUUUUUGAGACCGGUCAACUGGGUUUUAUCAUUCCAAAAUGUAAAUCAACAGCCCAUGUACUUAAUUCUCAGCCCGUUUGAGGUACAGGAGUUGUUGCCAUUCAUGAGAGGUUCAGAAUAUGUCCGUCUUGACGUGUACACUCCUCGGCUCAGUCUUUCAAAUCGCAGUCUGGAAUGCUUAUCUUUCUGCUCGAUUCCUCCUGUUCCUGCGCAUUGGACUAUUCCAGAGAUAUCCACACAUUUGAACUUAUUUUCUGGUCAAUUGUAUCUUCGCGACGAAACAGAAUACCGGACCCUGUGCCGCUUCCUCGGACUGAGAUUUAAACAUCCGUAUCAGGGCGUGGAAGUAGGAGGUGAUGGUUUCAUCUCUCCAGGCAGUCGGCGAUUGCAAGAUUAA